AUGUCAGAAGAUAACAGUCAAUCAAUAGAAUCACAAGAUUUCAAUAGAAUAGAUCCAUCCAAAUUUUUAAGUAAUAUAAUUGGCUCAUCAGUUAUUGUAAAAUUACAUAAUGGUAUUGAAUAUAAAGGUGAUUUACAAACAAUUGAUGGUUAUAUGAAUGUUGUUUUAGAAAAUGGUAAAGAAAUUAUAAAUGGUAAUGUAACAAAAGAUUAUGGUGAUAUAUUUUUGAGAGGUAAUAAUGGAGGUGGAUCAGCAGCUAAAAGAAUGGCAGAAGUAGUUAAAUUUUAUAAAAAAUUACCACAAGGUCCAGCAUCAACAACAGUUGAAAAAUCAACUAAUCCUUUAGUAAGAUAUAGACAAAAAUAUUUUGAUGGUGAUAAUGCAAGUGGUAAACCUUUAAUUCAUUUAGCUAUUAUUGUUAUUAUUUUUGGUUAUACUUUAGAAUAUGAACAUUUAAAACAUGCUGGUGAACAUUAA